UAACAGAGGCAAGAAGAUUCUGUGCCAAAACAUCAGCAUGAUACUGAAAGCAUCUGACAACCAAGAAGUAAUUGCUGCUCUUCCAGUUCCUUGCUUGACGCAAGCAGAGCCUGAAGAAAUGGUUACUUCUAUUGCAGCAGUAGAACAAUACCUACCACACUUCAUCAACAGGAUUCAACAGCAGCAGAAGAUGAAGCAACAUCCAAAUCUCCACUGUCACCAGUUGCCACAACAAUGCCUACAGCAGCAGCAGCAGUACCUAUCACACUUCACCAGCAAGAUUCAACAGCAGCAGAAGAAGAAGCAACCACCUUAUCUCCUCAGUCACCAGAUGCCACAACAGUGCCUCCAGACACCAUAACAGCAGUUACAUCAAUUCCUCUAGUAGCAGCUUCAUCUACAAUAUCAUCACAAGGAGGGAAGAGUAGGUAUACAACAGUAGAUGUGCUACCACUCCAAGUGAACAAUUUUUUAGUAAAAGGCAACAAGAGGCAGAAAUCCAAAAGAUAAGCCCUGAAAAACGUUUGAAAACCAAUCACCAUAGUGUUCAGUGUGU